GGUGACUUGUUUCGCCAACGAAACAAUUGCAAUGAAGUUGAUGUGACUAUGAGCGAGAUUACAUUUGAGUUCAAACACAAGUACAUCGGUGACAAGAUUAUUGAGUGUGGUGUACAGAUCAUGACAGAGGAAGCUGAGGGUAGCAGCAGCAGGAAAUUGGACAACUAUGAAACUGAGAGUAGCAGCAGCGAAGUGGACAGCCAUGAAACUGAGAGUAGCAGCAGCGAAGAUGGAAAUGGAGAUGAAAACAUCAAAACCAGUAAACAAACAGAUGGAGAUGGAGAUUAUGACCCUCAAGCUGUUCAGCUCUGUAAAGAUGAAAACAUCAUAGGAGAUAGGGAAUUUCGACAAGACACUGAUUCUCCAGAGAUCAAAACUAAGUCCACACAAGGAGACCAUACAGUUCCAGGUUGUUGGAGCAGUGCCUUGUGUUGUGAGCAUAAAAAGGCAAAACCCUUGAAAGAAGUACUUCUCACCAUUCUCACCAGCUCUCAGGGGAUUUUAACAACUCUUUCUCAAAGCAAUGGAGGUUAUAAGUAUGAUUAUGCUACUGUUCCCUUUCUUGCCGAAGUUUUUAAGCUGAUAGUCUCUGGUUUAUUUCUCUGGAGAGAGAUGCGGACAUCUUCUUCAACAACUUCGAGGAUUACUACGGAUUGGAAGAGCAUAAUGGGUAAUUUGAAGAUUGUGACCACUGGUAUACUCUUCAGGUUAUUUUUGAAAAGGAAACUAUCUAAACUUCAGUGGAUGGCAAUUGGUCUUUUAGCUGUUGGAACAACUACCAGCCAGGUUAAGGGUUGCGGAGAAGCUACAUGUGAUUCUUUAUUCACGGCACCAAUACAAGGUUAUUUGCUGGGCAUCCUCUCAGCUGGUUUGUCUGCGCUAGCCGGAAUCUACACAGAGUUUCUGAUGAAGAGAAACAACGACACCUUAUACUGGCAAAACUUGCAAUUGUAUACGUUUGGUUCACUUUUCAACGUUGCCCGACUUAUAGCAGAUGAUUUCAGACACGGGUUUGAAAAGGGUCCUUGGUGGCAACGUAUCUUUGAUGGGUACAGCAUCACCACUUGGAUGGUAGUUCUGAAUCUCGGAUCCACCGGCUUACUGGUCUCGUGGUUAAUGAAGUAUGCAGACAAUAUCGUGAAGGUUUAUUCUACAUCAAUGGCAAUGCUACUUACUAUGGUUGCAUCCAUAUACCUCUUUAGCUUCAAACCGACAUUGCAGCUUUUCUUGGGUAUUGUCAUAUGCAUCAUGUCACUUCAUAUGUACUUUGCUCCUCCACACACGCUCGUGGACUUGCCAGUGACAAACGAAGCACAUUCCAAGACCUUAAAGCAAGUUGUCGUAGAAGAAAAGACAGAUUCUUGAAUCAAAUUGGACGAAAAGGUUAGUUCAACAUAUAGAAAAGCAAUUUGCUAAGUAAAUGAACACAAUGAUCUUCUUCUAGCUUCAUUUCUAUUAGAGAAUCAGAAACUUGGAUAUGAGUUCUUCUGACGCAAUGAUCUGAUAGUUUAUUCACGUACUGAUUAUAUUCUUUGUAAAUGUACAUCGAGGUGCCCAGAAGUAGUAAAUUCGAUUGUUGAAGCCUGUUGUUUUCCUUUUUCUUACGCUGAUGAUAUGUAAGAGUGUCUACCAGAUAAACUAUUGUGUUCCUU